AUGCGCGGUCGCCUUUGUGUGGGUCGAGCGGCGGCGGUGGCGGCGGCGGCGGCGGCACUGGCGGUCCCACUGGCAGGCGGGCUAGAGGCGAGUCCGGGCGGCGUCCGGCGUGGGAGCCGGGGGACCACCAUGGUAAAGAAGCGGAAAGGCCGCGUCGUGAUCGACUCGGACACGGAGGACAGCGGCAGCGACGAGAACCUGGAUCAGGAGCUCUUGUCCCUCGCGAAACGGAAACGCAGUGACUCUGAGGAGAAGGAACCGCCUGUGAGUCAGCCUGCAGCCUCCUCAGACUCUGAGACAUCUGACAGUGAUGAUGAGUGGACAUUUGGGAGCAAUAAAAAUAAGAAGAAAGGAAAAACCAGAAAAAUAGAGAAGAAAGGAACCAUGAAGAAACAAGCCAACAAAACUGCCUCCUCAGGUAGUUCGGACAAAGACAGUUCGGCUGAGAGCUCAGCCCCUGAGGAAGGAGAAGUGUCAGAUUCGGACAGCAACAGCUCCUCCUCCAGCUCAGAUUCAGACUCUUCCUCAGAAGAUGAGGAGUUCCAUGAUGGCUAUGGAGAGGAUCUCAUGGGAGAUGAGGAAGAUAGGGCCCGUCUGGAACAGAUGACAGAGAAGGAGAGAGAGCAGGAACUAUUCAACCGCAUAGAAAAAAGAGAGGUGUUGAAAAGAAGAUUUGAAAUCAAGAAAAAACUAAAAACAGCCAAAAAGAAAGAAAAGAAAGAAAAAAAGAAAAAGCAAGAAGAAGAACAGGAAAAGAAAAAGCUGACCCAGAUUCAGGAAUCUCAGGUAACAUCCCACAACAAGGAACGGCGUUCCAAACGGGAUGAAAAACUAGAUAAGAAAUCUCAAGCCAUGGAGGAGCUGAAAGCAGAGCGAGAAAAGCGGAAAAACAGAACAGCUGAGCUCCUCGCCAAAAAACAGCCAUUAAAAACCAGUGAGGUGUACUCAGAUGAUGAGGAGGAGGAAGAGGAUGAUAAAUCCAGUGAAAAGUCAGACCGCUCAUCCCGAACAUCAUCGUCUGAUGAAGAAGAGGAGAAAGAAGAAAUCCCUCCAAAAUCACAACCAGUCUCCUUACCUGAAGAAUUGAAUAGGGUUCGGUUAUCACGGCAUAAGCUGGAACGUUGGUGUCACAUGCCCUUCUUCUCCAAAACUGUCACAGGAUGUUUUGUAAGAAUUGGCAUUGGAAAUCACAACAGCAAACCAGUUUAUCGGGUUGCUGAGAUCACAGGUGUUGUGGAAACUGCCAAAGUUUACCAGCUGGGUGGUACCAGAACAAACAAAGGGCUACAGCUACGGCAUGGCAAUGACCAACGAGUGUUCCGCCUAGAGUUCGUCUCAAACCAAGAAUUUACUGAAAGUGAAUUCAUGAAGUGGAAAGAAGCGAUGUUCUCUGCUGGCAUGCAGUUGCCCACUCUAGAUGAAAUCAAUAAGAAGGAAGUAUCUAUUAAAGAAGCUCUGAAUUAUAAAUUCAAUGAUCAAGACAUUGAAGAGAUUGUAAAAGAGAAAGAAAGAUUCAGAAAAGCUCCACCCAACUAUGCCAUGAAGAAGACUCAGCUGCUAAAGGAAAAGGCCAUGGCCGAGGACUUGGGGGAUCAGGACAAGGCCAAACAAAUCCAGGACCAGCUGAAUGAGCUGGAGGAGCGAGCAGAGGCCCUGGACCGCCAACGGACUAAGAAUAUAUCUGCCAUCAGUUACAUCAACCAACGGAAUAGGGAGUGGAACAUUGUGGAGUCUGAGAAGGCCCUUGUGGCUGAAAGUCACAACAUGAAAAACCAACAGAUGGAUCCUUUUACCAGGCGGCAGUGUAAACCUACCAUCGUUUCUAAUUCCAGAGACCCAGCUGUUCAAGCUGCCAUCUUGGCCCAACUGAAUGCAAAAUACGGUUCUGGAGUAUUACCAGAUGCCCCAAAGGAGAUGAGCAAGGGUCAGGGAAAGGAUAAAGAUUUGAAUUCUAAGUCAGCCAGUGACCUCUCAGAAGACCUGUUCAAAGUGCAUGAUUUUGAUGUGAAGAUUGAUUUACAAGUUCCCAGCUCAGAGUCAAAGGCUUUGGCUAUUACCUCCAAGGCUCCACCAGCCAAGGAUGGGGCUCCAAGGAGAUCUCUGAACUUGGAAGACUACAAAAAACGACGAGGACUUAUUUGAGCACACCCAGUCUGCUGCUUCUGACCCUGCAUGCCCCAUCACAGUGUCCCACCUUUCCUCUUUUCCUUGAUUUUGCCCUCUUUGGGCUGGAGCAGCAAUAGACCUGGGAAGAGACUCUAAACUGCCAGUCAUCUGUAAUAUAAACCAUUUGCUGUAUAGACCUCCCUUGUCUGCACCAUCUCCCACCAACCCCCUUGUGCCCCACCCAGUGUGGAUCUGGGCUCUCUUGGGUUUUAUCCAUGUCUUCUUUAGAUUUGUGUUUGCCAUUUUUUUUUUUUUUUUUUUUUUAAACCAGCACAGUUCUUUGGCCACUCUACACAUGUUCAGUAUUACUGUGGAGCUGGGAUUCUUGCUGGAGCCCCUGGUGGCAUAGCAGCAGCACUGGGCAGUCUUACUGCCUUGGAUCCAACCAUUGAACAUUUGGCACCUGACCCUCAUGGCGGGAAUGGGAACUGGGCACCUUCAGUCCUCCUCCUCUCUCGCCUCUUUAUCUUUCUCUUCUUCCCAUCUCUGCAGAAGAGGAGUUUUCAAAAUAACUUAGUUUCCAAAAGUGUACAUUUUGUGGGGGGGGGGGUCUAUGUGAGAGAGAGAAUGAGUGUGUGUGUGUGUGUGUAUAAGUGCGUGGAUUUUUUAUCAUUUUUUAAAAAUGCAGUACUCUUUUUAUCAGUCUGUCUUGGGUCUAUAGCUGUUUCAGAUUUUUUUCAGCUGUACUUGAGCAUCUGAAACUGCAAGAAAGAAACUCAUUAAAUGUGAUUCUUCUUACUAAACAGGCCUGACUGCUGUAGCUGUGUAACUUUCCCUCCCCAUCCUCCUCUUUCCUUUCACCUCCCUAUUUUGGAGAAAGUUCCCCAGUUUAGCCCCCUGCCCUGUAGGCUGUGUCCUGGCAGGUGGGAUUGAAGCCCAAGGCUAGGUACCAGGGAGGGCAGUGACGGUGUCUUGCUCAUCCCAUGGGUACAGCUAGCAACUUCUUGGCUGGACAUAGAGUGUGUCUUUUUCCCACCCAGUGUACCUGUCUAUCCCUAGUGAUUCUGUUUUUCUCUUUCACAAGAAUAAUCUUUUGUUUUGUUUUUAUAAGAAAGUAUUCAACAUGAAUGUGGAGAGAACAAACACAAAGAGAUUUAGGUUGCAGAUGUUACAAGCAUGUGCAGUUUUGUGUGUGUAUACAUAUAUGUAUGGUGAGCAUAUAUAUUGUUGUGCAGCUAGGGUGAAGCCAGCAAAGAGGUGUGUAUGUCUUUAUGAAAUGUUUGAAAAGAGAUAAGCUGACUGCUUGAUAAUCAUUCUCAGGUGUAAAGCUCCAAGUGUAAAUAAAAGUGGCAUUUAACAAAUCUUUUCAGAACAAAGUACAGCUGAAUAUAUAUACCAAGAACUAAGCUAAAGAAACAGCUGAGAGCUGCUGAUUCACACAAGGAGAGGAAUCUAGAAGUUCUGUUUUAGACUUCAUCCUACUUUCAUGUAAGGAAGGGGGGUGAUGGGGAAUCACGGAGUUAAGUUGUAUUUAAACAUAAAAAUGAACUUGGUAACUCUUCUGGAUUUAGUAGAGCCUCAGUGUUGCUUUAACUUAGUUUACAUUUUUUUAUUUUAAAAAAAAAGCAGCAAUGGAUGGUUUUAAAGAAAUAUUGUGACUGUGUAAAUUGACAAAUAUGACUGUGUCACAACUAAGUGGUAGCUGUGACACAGUUCAGUUGGGCAAAGGAGUGGUGAUGGACUUAUUAAAAUCAUAUUUACUUGAAUAGUCCAUUGACCAAAACUCUUUAUAGACUAUUGUGUAAAUGUGGAAUCACAGACUGUUAAACAUUACCUGGACUCCAGCACAGUCCUGGAGACUGCUGGGACUUGCUUCUAUCACGAUGAACUUGGAUUUUUUUCUUUCCUUCUGGUUUUAAAAAACCUGAAAUUAUAGAAUCCAUAUAUAAUUUGCUGGAGUCAUUCUGAUCCACCAUGUAGAUCUGUAUUUAGUAUCAUUUGGAUUUGGAGAAGUGUUGAUUACAUUAUGGCUGUGUAAUAAAAUUUUUAUUAAAACUGCAUCACACUGUAGCCACUUUGCCACUACCUCCCCACAUGCAUUUGCUGAAACCUUCAUUCUGAAACACCAAAGCACAGAGCCAGGAGAAAAGCCAACCAAAGAAGACUGAAAGGUAACUUCUUGUCACCUGAGUGAUUGGGAUCAAGACUGAAGACUUGUCUCCAGGCUCAGCUGAGGCAGGGCCUCUGAACCAAGAUCCUGACCAGGCAUAAGACAUUGGCUUUGUCCCACCAGUUGGGCCUUCUUCGCUGUUCACAGUAUUUCUAGUGCUGGGGAAUUGCUGCAGUAGCCCCCCACCCCACCACCAUCCCCCCAGUGAGGUUUCAGCAUUGCAGGAUGCAGCACCUAAGGCCAUUUUAAACAUUUUUCAGUUCCUUCCAAGAAGUGAAAAGGCCAAGUCCAUAUGCCUAGCUCAUGAUGUAUAGGUCUGUCUGUCUUGCUUGCUUCUGACAGGUGCAGGGAAAGUCUGCUGCCUACAACUUCCCUUCAGAAAGAAUGCUUUUGUUUUCUUCUUUUCUGUGAAGUCCUGACUUGUCACUCAAACUGUACAGAUAUUUGUAAAUAAACUUUGUCCUGUUUUAACAAAGGGA